GACUGCUAGUAGCAAUAGAUAACACACAUAUUUCCAUGACCUCGUAGCACGCAUGGUUGAAAACCGACGCUCAAGGAAACAAUACUCUGGUACUCCAGCAGUCCGAUUGCCACCCUUGUGUAAGCUUAUCAUUUCCUUUAGUACAAGAAUCUAUGAGCUAGUUUGGUCUUAAUGUUGUUCUAUCAGUGAAUCAAUUGAAUGCUUACAUUGCAGCAUAGCAUCAUUGGACGAAUGGUUGUAUUCUUUUUGCGUGUUUGUCAACAUCUUCAACUUGUACUGAUGUUUGAAUUUGAUAUGUGUGUUAAGCAGAUUAUGGGCGUCGGAAACUGCUCCGACCAAGCAAUCACUGACUUCUCUAAGCACAUAGAUGGGCAGUUGAUGAGAGUGAACGCUCUGCUGGUGGCCAGCACCAUCGUGAUAGGAGUUAUUGUUGGGAUCGGUGCCUAUGGUCAGCGCUACCGUCACCAUCCACUUACCAGCUUCCUCUUCCUUGGUGCCACCACCUUGUUCGUGCCCAUCCUCUCCUAUGUUGUCUCUACCGUCGAUAGUAAUCUAGGUGUUGUCACUAUUUCCUCCGAUGCACACAUAAUACCAGGGUGGUGCAGUACACGUAGCCACAUUUACACUGUGUUCGUAUGGGCUAGUCUUGUUCAGAUUGCUGGCGCCAACACCACUACAAUAGUUGCUGGUGAUGACAACAAAGGACGAAACAUUACCCUUCCUGGCACUGUACUGCUUGUUCAAGCAAUAUGGACCUCGUACAUUGUCGUGUACUACCUAGGAGGGGGAUAUUAUUCAACGAGACAAUGGUCCAUAAAGCAUAUGGAUCUUGCAAAUGGAUUACCGGUUCUUCCAUUGUUUUCUCUUCUCAUUGCCAAGCUACUUCUCAAAUAUUAUGCUUGGUAUGGGGCAAGCAGGUCAUUAGCAUUUGGGCGCAAUCCUCAUUUCAUUGUUGGAUACAUGGAGCAACUAAAAGCCAAGCUAACAAGUGAGCAUUCCCUUCCUCCACUCAUAGUUACGGGAGAGGACACAACAUUGGUACAAAAGGAGCCUCAUGGUUAUAGUAUCAAAUGGUUAUUUAACCAAGCUGAUGGGACAGGGAUAGACAACAACAAUUUAGUGACCACUGAUAAAGUUUGGAGGUUAGAGGAUGAUAUAUUUCCGAGGUAUUCAACCAAGCAGCUAAAAGAUAUAUGCUUUUCGUUUGCAUUGUUCAAGUUGUUAAGAUGUCGAUUUACAAGGCAUACAAUUGCUGAGUUUGGUUUCAUCAAGGCCCAUAACUUAUUGUCACACGUGUUGCUCCAGGAUGUUGAUGAUGAAAGACCACUUGGGAUGAUUGCACAUGAGCUUUCUUUCCUUCAUGAUUAUUAUUAUUCAUCUCUCCCAACCUCAUAUUCAAGCAGUUGGCUACCCAUUUUGAGCAUAUCUAUUUCACUUCUAACCAUGGGUUUGAGCUUAUUAUAUCUAUUGCUCAUAACAGUUGUGAUUUUGCUGUAUGCUUUUAUGGGAUGGCCACAUCAUGGACAGAUGCAGUGUUUUCUGAAUUGCCAUCCUUCGUUCCAGAAUGAACAUGAAGAUUUUUUCUAUAGUUCUUCGAACCAGAUACAAUAUGGAAAUAUUUUCUUCGAUCUUGCCCCAGUGGGUUUGCUUGCGGCACUAGUUGUGCUUUCGGAGGUGCGGGAGAUUGCUUGUUACAUCUGCUCUAACUGGACUAAAGUAUUCCUGAUCUGCUCCUAUGUUAGGCAUGCUUCUUCGUGGCAGAAAUCACAUUGGAAGAAGAAGAUGCUUAGCCUUGUGCUGCGUAGAAAAUGCAAGCUGCUAAAUCAUUGGGUGGACAAAAUGAACCAAUGCUCAGUCUUGGCACUCCACCCAAGCACAACCCCAGUGCCUCUUCUCGGACGCCUCAUCCCACUGCUUCACAGGAAGAAGGUACCAAGAGCAGUGAAGGCUGCUCUCCUCAAGCCACUUAGAAGCCCCAAUUGGAAGAACAGAAGCAAUGGCGUGGCAUCCCUUUGUACAAGGCUACAACUGCAGGCCGACAACAAUCCGCUCUCAACAUCGAAUGGCGUCAAAGGUGUAGCUGAUACCAUGCUUGUGGCCCACAUUGCCACGAGCAUCCUUGAAGUGAGAACAUCGGAGCCACUCCGCCAGGCUGACUCUGCUAAUGAGAUUGCCGCCACACACUUGUCACGCUAUUGUGCCUACUUGGUAGCCUAUGUCCCAGAUCUACUCCCCGACAACAACGAGUGGUGCAAAAGCUUGUACAAGGGCAUCAAGAAAAAAGCCAAGCGCGCACUCGCGGCAUCCGGCAACACCGGGCAGGCGUCAUUGAGUCCUGAAGCGCUGGUCCAGGCGCUGAGUGCCGGGUCUGAAGAGGCACACGACCUGCUCAAGAAUGGUGCGGAGCUCGGGAAGAAGCUGGUGGAGCUGGCGGGAAAUGAAGGAGAAGAGGUGGCAUGGGAGCUCCUCGCAGAAUUCUGGUCUGAGAUGAUACUCUAUGCCGCCCCGUCGGACAAUGUCGCCGCCCAUGCCGAGGCCAUUGCGCGGGGUGGCGAGCUGAUAACACUUCUGUGGGCGUUACUCACCCACCUCGGGUUCAUCAGCCGGCCAGAGGCUGCCAUGCCUAACACCCCUGGUGAUGUUUAAGUCGUAUGAGUCCUAGCUAGUUAUGUGUUUCAAUUCACUACCUUUUGUGUUGUUUCAUGUUGAUUGGUGUGGUGUGGUGUGGUGUGCUACUAAGAAGUUUGUCAUGUGUUUCAUUUCAGUACAUACACUUUCAAUUCCUUGAUUUGAAAAUGACAUACAAUAAUAUAUAUAUAUAUAUAUAUAUAUAUAUAUAUAUAUAUAUAU